CGUCAAAGGCCGCAGGCAAAAAAAAAAAAAAAAAAAGGAUGAAGCUCCUGUUCGCGGCCGCCUUGGCACUCUUUGUGCUCUCAUCCUUGUUGGACGGGGCGCACGCGUCGGCCUACGACAAGAUCGUGGCGCACAGUCGCAUCCGGGCCAGGAACCAGGGGCCCAACGUGUGCGCCUUGCAGCAAGUCAUGGGCACCAGGAAGAAGUACUUCAGCACUUGUCGCAAUUGGUACCAAGGCGCCAUCUGUGGGAAGAAAGCGACCGUCCUUUACGAGUGCUGCCCAGGAUACAUGAAGCUGGAUGGAAUGCGCGGUUGCCCUGCAGUGGCCCCGAUCGAUCAUGUGUACGGCACGCUGGGCAUGGUGAAGGCCCAUUCCACCCAAAGAUACGCCGACAUUUCCAAGCUGAGGGCCGAGAUCGAGGGAUCCGGCUCGUACACUUUCUUUGCGCCCAGCAACGAUGCUUGGGAGCUUUUGGAUGAGAGCAUGCGGGCCGCGCUUGUCAGCAACGUCAACAUUGAGCUCUACAACGCCCUGCAUUUCCACAUGGUCAACAAGCGCCUCCUGACCAAAGACUUGCGCAACGGCAUGACCAUCACGUCCAUGUACAACGACCUGGGUCUGCUCAUCAAUCACUACCCCAACGGGGUGGUGACCGUCAACUGUGCCAGGAUCAUCCACGGCAACCAGGUGGCCACCAACGGCGUCGUCCACGUGAUCGAUCGCGUCAUCAGCGCCGUCGGGACCACCAUCAAGGACGUGAUCCAGGUUGAUGAUGACCUGGAGACGCUGAAUGAUAUUGCCCAGAAAUCCGGAUUGUUGGACAAGCUGGAUCAGCCCGGACAUUUCACUCUCUUCGCCCCCACCAACGAAGCCUUUGCCAAGCUUGGAGGCGACGUGCUCCAGAGGCUUCAGAGUGACAAGAAGGUCCUCCAAGCGCUUCUGAAUUUCCACCUUCUGGACUCGGUGCAAUGCUCCGAGGCCAUCAUGGCUGGCAGCUCUUACGAGACCCUGGAGGGCAACCACAUUGUAAUUGGUUGUGAUGGCGAGAGCUUGACCGUCAAUGGCAUCAAGAUGGUGCGCAAGAAGGACAUCGUCACAACCAACGGCGUCAUCCACCUCAUCGACCAAGUGCUCAUGCCAGACUCAGCCAAACAGGUGAUGGAACUGGUGGGGAGUUCCCAGUCCACAUUUGGUGACAUGGUGUCCGAGCUGGGACUCUCUGCUGCCAUGAGGCCCGAGGCCGAAUACACACUCUUGGCCCCACUCAACACCGCCUUCAACGAUGAGGUGAUGAGCAUGGAUCAAAGAAUGCUUAAAAUUAUUCUGGAGAAUCACAUCCUGAAGAGAAAGAUCACCCUCGGACAGCUGUACAAUGGGCAGACGCUGGAGACCGUCGGCGGAAAGCUCCUGAGGGUCUUCAUCUACCGCACCGCCGUGUGCAUCGAGAACUCCUGCCUUAUCAGGGGCAGCAAGGAGGGAAGCAACGGAGCGCUCCAUCUCAUGAGGAGCUUCCUCAAACCCGCCGAAAAAUCCAUGUAUGAGAUUCUGAGAGAAAAGGGCGGGUUCAAGAUCUUUUUGUCUCUGAUGGAAGACGCCGGAUUGACUGACUUGCUCAGACAAGAGGGAGACUUCACGCUAUUCGCCCCUACCGACAAGGCUUUUGCCGGUUUAAAGGAGAGAGACUUCACACUGCUGAAGAGUGACAUCAACGCUCUCAGAACGAUCCUCCUGUACCACAUCAACAACGGCAUCUUCAUCGGUGGUGGUUUGGAGACGGGAGUCACAAACCUUCUCAAGUCCCUGCAAGGCAGCAACCUCAAAGUCAUGUUUGCAAACGACACCAUGCGAGUCAACUCGGUACAAAUCCCCGAUUCUGACAUCAUGGCCACAAAUGGCGUCAUUCACCAUGUCAACCAGCUCUUGUAUCCCGCAGAUAUGCCCGUCGGAAGCCAGGAUCUCCUCUCGCUACUGAAGAGGCUGGUUACCUAUAUCCAGAUUAAGCAUAUUCCAGGCUUCAGAUACCAGGAAAUCCCCCUCACGUUUUUGAAGAGGUUCGUCACCAGAGUUGUCGAAGCUCCCGACGUGACCAAAGUGACCCGGGUCAUCCAUCAGGAAACGCCCAUCACCAAAGUGACCAGAGUCAUCGAGACUGACCCCGCCAUCACCCACGUCACCAGAGUUGUCUCAGGACCUCAGUAUUCAGUCCGCACUGGCACCACCCAGCUUGGCGUAGACGGAUCUAACCUUGCAGAGUUCUCCACCAUCAAAACAGAUCAAAACUUUGACGGUGACCAACUUGUGAAAAUGAUCAAAGAGGGCGUUUCAAGGAGAAACCCUCCCCGAGGACUUUUAGCCGGCGGCAGGCGAAGAGGAAGGCAGUGAGCCCGAACGAGGGGGAGGGGACCGGACUUCAGGCAGCGAGGCAUCACGGCACGGCAGCUUGAGAGCGGCUCGCUGACACGGGGACGCACUUUAAAUGUCAUUUCAAGUGUACUCGCGGUUCAAAACGGUUCUGCUAAGCAAUCUCAGCGGCACUUUAAGGGUCUCAAAUGCAAACAUUUUGGCUCGACUUUCAUACGAGCCAUUAGAGGUGCAAUAAAAGCAAAAAAAAAUAAAAAAAAGACGGUCCAAUCCUACACUUUUUCCCCGUGCCUUUUAAUGCUAGUCGAAGCAAUGAAACUCAAGUAGAAGAUUUGGAAAUCCUAGCAUGAUAGAUAAGUCCAUCAAUGAGGUUUUUCAGACCCUUAAAUGACUUUGAAGUUGUUAAAAAAGUUUCACGCACAUUUUGAUCUGUCUUUCAUUUCACACAAUGUAUCCAUCUCAACGUUUUCCCCCCUUUGUCUCCUUUUCCCAACCAUUUUCCAAUAAAGUGCAUUCUUUGACAUCAA